AUGGUGUGCUUCACCUUUUACAUCUUCAACCGGAAGGGCGUGUGCCAGUACUACCAUGAAUGGUCCCGGUCCAAGCCUUCCCGGGAGGGCGGCUCUAAGCAGGAGGACUUCAAGCUCAUGUUUGGCCUGUUCUGGUCUAUGAAGACAUUCUCAGCUGCAAUGGAUCCCAAAGGGACUAGCAAGCCCCAGGUGGGGGUGCCAAUGAGGGCGGGGCAGGGGUGCGCCUUCCGAUCCUUCAGGACAGACAAGUACAAGCUACACUUCAUGGAAUCACCCUCGGGCAUCAAGUUUGUGCUGACAACCGACCCCUCGGUGGGUGACAUGACUACCGCGCUACACCACAUCUACUCUGUGCCGUUUGUCAACCAGGUCCUAAAAAACCCGCUCUACGUCCCUGGAGAGCCCUUCCUGUUCGAGUCGUUUGCCUCGGCACUGAACAAGUACAUGCGCACGCUGGGCCUGCUGACAUGA